AUGAAGACUCUCAAGCAAUCAGUGUUUGAGUAUAUUUCUUUUAUGGACAUGGAUAUCGACAAAGCCAAUGCUGCUAAACAAAGAGAUAAAUUUGAGUUUUUGAGUGCGAAAAUGGUACAAACACUUAAACUUCAUUCGCUCAACAUUUCAUCUGACUUUAAGGCGACGUUGAAGAUUAUCCAUUCUAAAAUCAGCUCUUUGUUAGCCAAAAAUGUCGAGUUGAAGGCCAAGAGUGCUCAAUAUCUUCAUGAUGUAUCUGAAAAAGAGUCUUUGCUUCAAGAGAUUGAUAAAACUAAGGUCGAAUUAAACAAAAUCUCCUCUAAAGUUAUGGUUGAGGAUUCCUUGAUGAUAAGCUUAGCUCUAGAGAUAAAGGAACUUCAAGCAAAGAUGAACCACUGUAAGGCUAGAUUAGCUGCCGAAGCGUAA